AUACUUAAAGCCCCCAUCAACGGUACGAACCAUUCAAUUCCAAAGUCCACCAGGAAAAGAGAAAGAUCACGAUGAUAGGACUCAAUCCCAGAAAUAUCCUCAGCUUGACCCCCCUCAUCCUCCCCCUCCCUCUCCAAACCCUCGCCCAGUCCAACUACCCAGACUGCACAACCGGCCCUCUCAGCCAGCUGCCCAUCUGCGACACCUCCCUAGACGCAGAAACCCGCGCCAAAUCCCUGGUUAAUGCCCUAACCCUCGUUGAAAAAAUCAACAACACCGGCCACGAAGCCGCAGGGAGCACCCGCCUCGGCCUCCCCGCCUACAACUGGUGGAACGAAGCCCUGCACGGCGUCGCCGAGAAACACGGCGUGAACUUCGAAGAAGAUGGCGAGUUCAGCUACGCGACCUCGUUCCCCGCGCCUAUCGUGCUAGGCGCUGCCUUCAACGAUGACCUUGUCAGGACCGUGGCGGAGAUUAUAUCGACCGAGGCGCGCGCGUUCUCCAAUUCAGACCACGCGGGCCUCGAUUACUGGACUCCUAAUAUUAAUCCGUUUAAGGAUCCAAGGUGGGGGAGGGGCCAGGAGACGCCCGGUGAGGAUCCGCUGCAUUGCUCGCGCUAUGUGAAUGAGUUUGUGGGCGGGCUGCAGGGGGAUGAUCCUGAGAAUCCGAAGGUUGUUGCGACGUGUAAGCACCUUGCUGCGUAUGAUCUGGAGGGGUGGGGAGGGGUGAGUCGGUUUGAGUUUGAUGCGCAGGUGUCUGCGGUUGAUCUGGUGGAGUACUAUCUGCCGCCGUUUAGGACUUGUGCUGUUGAUGCCAAGGUCGGUGCGUUUAUGUGCAGCUAUAAUGCCCUGAAUGGGGUGCCGGCUUGUGCGGAUCGGUAUUUGUUGCAGACUGUGUUGAGGGAGCAUUAUGGGUGGGAGGCUCCGGGGCAUUGGGUGACCGGGGACUGUGGUGCUGUUGAACGCAUACAGACGUAUCAUCAUUAUGCGGACAGUGGCCCUGAGGCGGCGGCUGCUGCGUUGAAUGCUGGAGUGGAUCUGGACUGUGGGUCAUGGCUGCCGACGUAUCUUGGUGAGGCGCAGAGCCAGGGCUUGAUUGAGAAUAGGACGCUGGAUACGGCUCUGACUCGGCUGUAUACGUCGCUGGUGCAGCUGGGAUACUUUGAUCCUGCGGAUGACCAGCCUCUGCGGUCCAUCGGAUGGGAGGACGUGUCGACAUCUGAAGCGGAGGAUACUGCGUUAGCUGUUGCUACGCAGGGAACUGUUCUCCUGAAGAAUUCUGAUCGGACUCUUCCACUCAAGGCAAAUGGCACUCUGGCGUUAAUCGGACCCUAUAUCAACCUCACGACAGAGCUACAGAGCAACUACGCCGGUCCGGCCAAGAACAUCCCAACCAUGAUCGAGGCCGCGAAGCAGCGGGGAUAUACCGUACUCACAGCCCAAGGCACAGAAAUGAACUCAACCAGCGAAGACGGCUUCGAGGAUGCUUUGAACAUCGCAGCAGAAGCAGACGCGGUUAUCUUCUUCGGCGGCAUUGACAACAGCAUCGAAGAAGAGUCUCUAGACAGAAUCAGCAUUGACUGGCCUGGCAACCAGCAAGAUCUUAUCCUCCAGUUAGCCGAAGUCGGCAAACCUCUGACCGUGGUUCAAUUUGGCGGAGGCCAGGUAGACGAUUCUCAGCUGCUUUCUGCCGACAAUGUCGGUGCAAUCGUCUGGGUUGGAUAUCCCAGCCAAGCUGGUGGUAUUGCAGUCUUCGAUAUCCUCACCGGCAAGGCCGCACCAGCUGGCCGUCUUCCAAUCACGCAGUAUCCAAAGGAAUACGUGGAUGAAGUCCCGAUGACCGAUAUGAAUCUGCGUCCUGGAACUGAUAACCCUGGGCGCACCUACCGGUGGUACGAAGACGCCGUGCUCCCAUUUGGAUUUGGCUUGCACUACACUGACUUCAACAUUUCCUGGGCAAAGAAAGAUUUCGGCUCUUAUGACGCUGCUUCUUUGACAAAAGGAGAGAACCCGCAUCUUAAUGUGGUCGAUACGUUCUCGCUGGCAGUGACAAACACCGGCGGCACUGCAUCCGACUACGUCGCCCUGGUAUUUGCCAGCUCGACAGACGCCGGUCCUCAGCCUGCUCCUAUCAAGACACUGGUCGGAUACACAAGGGCGAGCCAAAUCAAACCGGGAGAGACGCGGAAAGUGGAUGUCGAAGUCACCGUGGCGCCAUUGACUCGCGGCCGCUCGGAUGGAGGGAUUGUCCUUUACCCUGGGGAAUACACCUUGCUUGUAGAUGUGGAUGAGCAGUAUCCUACUUCUGGAUUCAGUAUUAAAGGCCAGCCGCAGGUGAUUGAGCGGCUCCCUCUGUCGACUAAUGGCACGGCCGAGGCAAGAUAGCUGUAAUAAUCCCAGGGUUGUGAGAAAUUAACGUGG